UGCAUAUCCCCGUUUCCUCUCAGAUACCUAGCUUGCUAGCUUGCAGAGUCUUGCAUAGAGCCUAAUCUAUCGGGGUUGGGCGAAUAAUCACGCGUGUUGCUAUACACACUUCUUCACACUUCCUUCAUUUGUGCUCUUCUGUUUAGUCUUCCUUUUCGUCCUUCUCCCUUCUCACAAUAAUGCCUCCGGCUAGAAGUCUCCGCACGAGAGGUGCCAUGAACGAGAACGAUGAGAAUGGGCCGUCGACGCGCCUGACACGGGCCAAGGCUGCUGCCCUAUCAUCGGGGGACGCCCACACCACUGCCGCUGCAACCAAGAAACCCACUCUACAAACCAAGAAAGCCGCUACAGCCCCGACUACCGGAACUACGAGAAGGCGCGCGGCCCUUGGCGACGUCAGCAACGUCGGCAAAACCGAGAAUGGUGAAACCAAGGAGGCGAAGAAACCGGCUGCGACCAAGGCCCCCCUGGCACCCAAGAACAACCUGCCCUCCGGCGGCGUUCAGAAACCAACUAAAACGAACCCGGCACGCACCAACCCUGGUGUCAAGAGCGACACCGCGAAGAAGCAACCUGCGGAACCGAAGCGUCCUGGAAGCGGAUCGGGUGUUGGUGGAAAUCAGCCAAGACGGACCACGACCCGCAACUUGCAACAGAAAGAGGUCCUGCCCGAGGAACCGCCCCUAAAGAAGGCCCAUGUCGAGAAGAAGGAGAAAAAGCCUGUGACGGAAAAGGUUCUGGAUGAGAACGCUCAGGCUCCUAUUGAUCCCAAGGUUCUGGAAAAGCCCACCGAGGAUCUCGUGGAUGAUCUCGACGCCGAAGACCUCGACGACCCUUUGAUGGCCGCCGAAUAUGUUGUUGAGAUUUUCGACUAUCUUGCAGUGCUGGAGGAGGAGACCUUGCCGAAUCCCGAUUACAUUGACCACCAACCCGACUUGGAAUGGAAAAUGCGUGGUAUUCUGGUCGACUGGCUCAUCGAAGUGCACACUCGUUUCCGCCUUCUUCCCGAAACUCUCUUCCUUGCCGUCAACAUCAUCGACCGUUUCUUGUCGGAGGAGGUGGUGGCCCUGGACCGUCUUCAGUUGGUGGGUGUCGCUGCUAUGUUCAUCGCGUCCAAGUAUGAAGAAGUUCUUUCGCCCCACGUCGCAAACUUCAGCCACAUCGCCGACGAGACCUUCUCCGAUAAGGAGAUUUUGGAUGCUGAACGUCACAUCCUUGCCACUCUCGAAUACAACAUGAGCUAUCCCAACCCGAUGAACUUCCUGCGCCGCAUCUCCAAGGCGGACAACUACGACAUUCAAACUCGUACUCUUGGAAAGUACCUCAUGGAAAUUAGCCUUUUGGAUCACCGAUUUAUGGAGUACCGCCAGAGUCAUGUUGCAGCUGCAGCAAUGUACCUGGCUCGCCUUAUCCUUGCGCGGGGACCCUGGGACGCCACCUUGGCUCAUUAUGCUGGAUACACGGAAGAAGAGAUCGACCCUGUCUUCCGGCUGAUGAUCGAUUACCUUCACAGGCCCGUGUCCCACGACGCGUUCUUCAAGAAGUAUGCUAGCAAGAAGUUCCUGAAGGCAUCCAUCCUUACCCGACAAUGGGCGAAGAAGUACCACCAUCUCUACAUCACUAGCUCUCUGUCAGAACCCUACCACUUCAUCAAAGACAAGGAGUAAACACCACGUGUC